UCAGAAUGGUCACGGUCACGAUACACCCAGUGGUGCAAAUAAAAGCAAUAGAAUAAUUUAGGGGAGCAAAAUGCUGAUGGACUUAUAAAUUAUACUUUGUGCUUCUAUAAGUUAUCACAACGGUUAUCCAAAUUUUAUGGCGCGUGUUAGCAUGGAAGGAGCACAUGAAAAGCUGCUGCAUCUCACUUUUGAAGAAGCAGAGUCAUCUGAAAAUGCAGAUAACAGCAGUGUUCAAUCAAGUAAAUUUAUACUAUGGCUUCAAAUAUUUAUCUUCACAUUUUUUACUAUUGGUGGUCAAGCAGCUGGCACUCUGUUGGGCAGAGUAUACUAUGAACAAGGUGGCCAAACCAGAUGGAUUGCUACAUUGGCACAAACUGCUGGAUUCUCAAUUCUCCUGCCUUUCAUUUGCUAUCCUUCACCCAAAAACCACAAUGAAGAUGAACUAACCAUUCACCAGCCUUCUAUAUUUGUUCGCGCUUCGGUUUACAUCUUCCUUGGUUUAUUUCAAGUAGCAAACUCUAUGUUGUUUACAAUUGGAGUACAAUACCUUCCCGUCUCUACCUACUCCCUCAUUUCCGGUUCUCAAUUGGCAUUCACCGCGCUCACCUCCUUCCUCCUCAACAGACAAAAAAUCACAGCAAUUAUACUCAACUCCGUCGUGCUUCUCUCCUUUUCAUCGUCUGCUGUUAUUUUCCAGAAUGAGACGGGUGAUAGCGGAGAAAUAUCUCAGAAAACUCUGCUAAUCGGAUUUACAGCAACUACAUUCGGGUCUCUAGGAUACGCUUUACAGUUCUCAUUAACAGAAGUAGCAUUCCAAAAGGUAUUCAAAAGUGGCACGUUAAAAGAAGUCAUGAAAAUGUCAUUUUUCAUCGGUCUUUUCGUGACAAUUACUUCGUUAACAGGGCUUUUUGCAAGCGGUAAUUGGAAUGAUUUGGAGAAGGAAAUAGGAGAAUACAGAACGGGGAAAUUGUCAUAUGUUAUAAACUUGAUUUGUACUGCGAUUUCAUGGCAGCUGUACGCCGUUGGAUCAGUUGGAUUGGUUUACAAGGCUUCAGCUUUAUUCUCAAAUGUGAUCAUCAAUUUGGGAUCUUCAGUUGUGCCAAUUUUUGCGAUGGUGUUUUUGAAAGAUAUGAUGAGUGGAUUGAAGGUGUUUUCAUUGUUAUUGGGACUAUGGGGAUAUGCAUCGUAUAUUUAUCAACAUUAUCUUGAUGAUUUAGAGGCAAAAACAAGUGAAGUUAAAUCCUCAGAUGAUCAAGAUGAUAAUUUAUAAUAAGCCUCCCUCAUUCAAAAAAUUUGAAUCAUAUGUAAAUGUGAAGAUUUCUAUGUAAUAAGUUCAAUAUGAUCUCUGCAGAAACUGUUUAAAAAAGUGUAAACAAAUUUGUAAAUUCUUCAAAAAAAUUUAUAAGGGAUAAAUUAGUAAAAUUGUCCUUAUUUAUAUUAAGGGCGUGUUGAUGGA